GCAUCCCUGCACCGGGCGCUCUGGACCUUGGUUUGCGUACUGAUGUUUGACCUAUAUGGUGACACUCAAGACUUGCAAAUUUGCUGAGGGUCUGGAAUGCUGAGGUGGAAGUCACCUCUCGUUUUGGAGAGCAUGUAUAUUUCCUUCCCGUGACACCUCCCUUCCACAAAAAGAUGCAAACGUGCAAACGCACAAUCAACUAAAGAACUCCCGCCCCCUCCCCCAAUUUAACUCCAAGAUCGUGGAUCUGUCCUCCCCGCUCUCCCGAAGCUGUUCGGGCAGUGUCCGGACCGCUUCGGAGGGGGCUGGCGUCCGGCGUCCACCUCUUCACCCCCAGUAUCGCCUGGCCUGACGCACGCGUGCUGACAGGGGAGGGGAAAGGGGAAAGCUGCUCCCGCACACACCUCGCGGUCCUGGCCCCCGGGAGGAGAUGCCCGGCCAGGGUCUGGUGUCCGUCUGGACGGAGUGCAGCUCUUCCGCAGAGCCGCCCGCAGUGGCCAGGACAGUGGGCGGCGGCGGCGGAUCAGCUGGACACUGUUAUUACCAGAAUUCCAAAGAUAGAUUCAAAGGUGGACAUAAAGUGAACAUAGCCAAGCUGCAAGAGUUAUGGAAAACUCCUCAAAUUCAAAGAAUUCACAUCCCUAAAUCAAUGACAGAUGUGCCCUUUCUAAAGCAUCGAGACCUCACCAUAGGCCAGAAGCGUUAUCUGUGCAGCAUUGCUAAGAUCUAUAAUGCAAACUAUCUGAGGACGUUAAUGAAGAGGCAGUACAUGCAUGUGAUCCAGCGCAGCUCACACAAGCCAGGUGCCCUCACUCAUCCCAGGAGCCGCCUCAGCUCUCGUUACGCACAGAAGCAUUACCCCUGCACUACAUGGCGACAUCAACUGGAGAGAGAGGACUCAGGGCCUUCUCACAUCGCAGCCAUAUGUGCAUCUGAAAUGAUCAUACAGCAUUCCCUUUGGCGACCAGUGAGAAACAAAGAAGGUUUAAAAACUGGAUAUGCAUCUAAAACAAGAUGUAAGUUGCUGAAGAUUUUUAGAAAACCAGGGAGACUGUUCAUGCAAUCAGUUUCUACAAAUGAUUCUGAAUCAUACACGAAUGAAGAAAAAAAGGAAGAAGAUUUACUAAAGUGUAUGCAAUCAAUGUCAAUUGAAGAACAGGGAGAACAUCUGAUGCUAACUUGACAAUCUUGUCUUGUGUAUUGAUAACGUGCCAAAAGUAGGGGUAAGAGGUUGUGAUUUGUGUCCUCUCUCUACAUUUAGGAUAGUAUUGUUAUUUACCAUUAAGUAAUUAAGUAAUUUUGGUUUGUUCAGAAACUUUUACAACAAUCUAAUUGGUUUGAUGUAGGUCCAUGUACCAAGGAUUGUGUAAUAAAAUUUGCGUAUAAUAUAUGCUUAUAUUUCUAGCUAGAUACAAUUAAAAUUUUUCUUGUCACUUAAAAUUGAGUAAUUUUUCUUUAAAUCUAACAAGUACAUUGUGUAAUUCUUUCUCUGCUUUACAAUAAGUCCUAAAACAGCAACAUUAGAAUAGACAAGUAUUUUCUUGACUGAGCUGAGGAAAACUCUGAAAUCUUCCGAUUCAGAACAGCAUUUGAUAGAGAUAGCAUCCUGGCUUGCAAAGAA